AUGGAAGAUAGUUGGAAUCAUAAAUUAACUAUAAAUGAUGAUCCAAAUAUCGUUAAUCUAGGAUUAUUCUGUGUACAGACUUUAAAAAAUACUGCCCUAUUUGAUGAAAAUAAAAAUAUUUCAUUAUUAAUUAGUCAUAUAACAAAUUGUAUUAAUUCAUUGGAUUAUAUCAAUGCAUUAAAACAACUUCAACGAGUACCCAUUAUUCUAAGUUCGGCAGAUAAAUUUUUAUUAUACACAUGUUUUGAAUAUUUUCCAAAACGAUGUCCAGAAGAUAGUAAACAAAACAUUGUUAUUGAAUUUUGUAAUGUAAUGUUAGAACGUUAUGAAUAUAUGUUAGAGUGUCUAUUAUCAUCCAAUGUUCAAUUUAACAAACAUCCAGUUAUUCGCUCAUUAGAAUAUAUUUUUAAUAUUUUUUAUUUAUUAUUAGACGCUAAUGUACCAAAUGCAUUUAUAAAACAUGAAAAAAUUAUUAAUCAUUUACUCACUAUUCUUAGUAAUCAAAAUCUAUUCGAUUGUCUUGAAUUAAAUCCUGAUGAUGAUAUUAAUUAUUUUGAUACUCCAUCUGCUACUACAUUAAUGUUAUCAGCUAUUAAAACAUUUCAUGCUGCAUCAUCUAAUCCAGAUUUAUUACCAAUUAUUAAAGAUAAACAAAAAACAAAAUUAUUCUUAAAAUUAUCUACAGUGAAUCAUAAUGAGAUAAAAAUGUAUGCGAAUAAUAUAAUGGCAAAUACAAUAAGCGAACAUGAAAUAGAAUGUAUGGGUAAUGCACAAGAAAUGACUUUAAUGUAUAUUGAUAAAUUGAAAGAAAUUCCAAAUGAUUCUAAAGAAGCAUCAAAAUUAUUAUCUGGUUUAAAAGCACUUAUUCAACACGAUCAAAUCAAAGAUGAAUUUAUUAAACAAGGUGGUCUCUCAUUAUUAAUUAAACAGGCGUCUAAUGAUCAUUCGAUUGAAGUACAACGUGAUGCUUUAGAUAUUCUAUGGGGUACUUCGUUCAACGCUGAUGCAGCUGCUAUUCUGAAACAAGAUGAAAAUUUUAUGACAUAUGUAAAAUCGCUACAAACAUCAGACAAUCCAGAAUUGAAAAAAACAGCUGAUGGAAUUAUUUGGAAAUUGGAAAAAGAGCAAGAAUUCAAAGAGAAAAAGACUAAACGAGCAGGAACAAUAAAUCAGACGGAUAAUACCAGUGAAGAAGAAGAAGAAUCAACAAAAAUCGUAUACGAUAUAAUGAUCAGUUAUUCAUGGGCCGAUCAAGAUUUAUGUGCAAAAAUUCAUGAAGGACUUCUUGCCAAAAGUUUUCGUGUAUGGUUAGAUAAAAAUGAAAUGCAUGGAUCAACAAUUGAAGCAAUGGCAAAUGCAGUAGAUUCAUCUGAAUUUAUUUUAAUGUGUAUGUCUGAAACAUAUAAACGAAGUGUCAAUUGUAAAUCAGAAGCAGAAUAUGCAUUUAGUCAAAAACGUCAAAUAAUACCGAUUAUUAUGCGAGAAAAAUAUCGUCCAGAUGGAUGGUUAGGAUUUAUUGCCGGUUCACGUAUGUAUAUUGAUUUUGGUGAAUUUGAUGUACAAACGGGAUUAGAAAAAUUAAUUAAUGAAAUUGAAUUAAACAAAAUGAAACCAAAACAAAAACCUCCACCGCCACAAAAAGUAUCUAAUGAUGAUUUACAAUUAGUACAGAAAAGUAGCGAAAAUGUUGUUCAAGUACAACCUGUAGAACCCAAAUACGUCAUCAAACCUGGUACAUAUAAUACAUAUAUAGAAUCGUGGUCAGAAGAGGAUGUUAUUAAUUUUCUACAUGAAAAUAAACUAGAACUCAUGUUACCAUUUUGUCAACAGAUUAAUGGUGAAGAAUUACAUUUUUUGUAUAAAAUGUGUAAAUCAAAUCCAAAUUCUAUAUAUUUAUCUUUAAAAUCUGAAUUAUAUAAAACACAACAUAAAGUAUUACCUAUUGCAACGUAUGUUAGAUUUGUUAAUCGUUUAAAAAAAUACGUUUAUCAAUCAGUUUAA